GGCGCCCCGCCUGGGCGAUGCUCGCUGCGCUCUCUCUUGGCCGGCGCCCGCUGCAUGCGGUACGUGCCUGCCCGGCCCCUAGCCCAGGGUUCCCGUUACGCGGCUGGUUCCAGCUGGCCACGGAGUCCCAGAACCUCUCCGGGAUGCCCAGCUCGCUCUCUGCACGUCCGGCCCCGGGGCCAUCACGUUCCCGUGGCGAGGGCUUGCGCCCCAGCUGGGCGCUGGUUGGUCACGCCAUGGGGCUCGAGGCCCGGCGAUUGGUCCCAGGGAUCGGGUCACGUGCUUGGGAGCAGAUAAGCGGCCUCUAGGCGCCGGGCCCUCAGUCUCUCCCAGCGACCGCCGAAGGGGCAAGGCCUGGAGCUGUGGUUCGAAUUUGUGCAAGCAGCGGGUGCUGGCUUUUACGGUCCGCCGCCUCUCUGCCUAAUGAGCUGCACCAGAAUGAUCCAGGUUUUAGAUCCACGUCCUUUGACAAGUUCAGUCAUGCCCGUGGAUGUGGCCAUGAGGCUUUGCUUGGCUCAUUCACCACCUGUGAAGAGUUUCCUGGGCCCUUAUGAUGAAUUUCAACGAAGACAUUUUGUGAAUAAAUUAAAGCCCCUGAAAUCAUGUCUCAACAUAAAACACGAAGCCAAAUCACAGAAUGACUGGAAGUGCUCACACAACCAAGCCAAGAAGCGCGUUGUGUUUGCUGACUCCAAGGGCCUCUCUCUCACCGCGAUCCAUGUCUUCUCCGACCUCCCAGAAGAACCAGCGUGGGAUCUCCAGUUUGAUCUCUUGGACCUUAAUGAUAUCUCCUCUGCCUUAAAACGCCACGAGGAGAAAAACUUGAUUUUAGAUUUCCCUCAGCCUUCAACCGAUUACUUAAGUUUCCGGAGCCACUUUCAGAAGAACUUUGUCUGUCUGGAGAACUGCUCGUUGCAAGAGCGAACAGUGACAGGGACUGUUAAAGUCAAAAAUAUGAGUUUUGAGAAGAAAGUUCAGAUCCGUAUCACUUUCGAUUCUUGGAAAAACUACACUGAUGUAGACUGUGUCUAUAUGAAAAAUGUGUAUGGUGGCUCAGAUAGUGAUACCUUCUCAUUUGCCAUUGACUUACCCCCUGUCAUUCCAACUGAGCAGAAAAUUGAGUUCUGCAUUUCUUACCAUGCUAAUGGGCAAGUCUUUUGGGACAACAAUGAUGGUCAGAAUUAUAGAAUUGUUCAUGUUCAAUGGAAGCCUGAUGGGGUGCAGACACAGAUGGCACCCCAGGACUGUGCAUUCCACCAGACGUCUCCUAAGACAGAGUUAGAGUCAACAAUCUUUGGCAGUCCGAGGCUGGCUAGUGGGCUCUUCCCAGAGUGGCAGAGCUGGGGGAGAAUGGAGAACUUGGCCUCUUAUCGAUGAAUUAAGCAACAAUGUAACUGGUCUUGACUUGUCAUAUUCCCCCAUGCAAUCCUAGGUCUGUAUUGCUCAAUUUUAGGAAGCCUUUGCUACUCCAUCAGUAGGUUUAGAUUUGAGCUUUUGAGACCUGGCUAUGGAAAAGAAAGACACUUGAGAAUUUAGUGUGGGGGUCUGUACAGAUGAUGCUACCCAAUUUGGCUUUGGAGGAUCAAGUAACAGGUUGAAAACUAUUUUUAUAAAGGUAAUACUUUUUCAGUGCCCUUCCUCCUUCCCUCUCAAUCCACUAGCUUUCGUGUUGGGCAAGGAAAAGUUGAGGAAGGAUGGCUGAUGGUGAUGGAAAGCUGUGUUAAUGGUAUGAGGAAUGUGUGAAAAGUAUACACAAAGGGAUCUGAAGCUUAAGUCAGAGGAGUAGGAGGUCUGAUCAUUGUUGGUGGAAAAAUGUAAGGUUAUUUUGUGUUUUUAAGUUGGUUUUACAGUUCUUUCCUGGGGAAAUUAUUUCUGGAGGGGAAAAAGAUCCAUUCUGUGUAUCCUUGUGGAGAAAAGCUAAAUAACCUUUAAGAAUGUGGGUGGUAUUGGAGAAAGAAGAUGAAUUAUAGCUCUGGAGAAUCAAGAUCUUAAGUGAAGCUUUUCUGUUCAGAUGUGUUCUAUAAAAAAUCAUAAUUUGGGGAAAGUUUAAGCAAAUCUGGCUUUGUAGUCCUGAUGUUAUAAGUGACUUUGUGAUCAAACUGUCAGGCUUGGGUUCUUGUUAUAGAAUGCUUGGUAUAGAAAAAUCAUGCCAUCAUCAAUGGCUAACAACACGUAGGGACUUCAUGUCAUGUCAAAGAUAGCUCUUUGCAAGUGCCUUGAUUAAACCAGAAAACUGUCAUCGUUUAACCCAAAUAUCUGAAUGGUCAUCUGAUAACUCAUGAGUUUUUGGCCUCAUAAGAUGGUCCACUCUGUACACAGGCAUUCCUCCUGCAAUAAUGCUGUAUCUUUGAGACCGUUGUCAGUGUACACAACUCACAUCCUUCAUAUUGAAGGUGACUCAUUUUUCUGCACACUUUUUUGAUGUGAUGUUUGACGUGAGGCCCGACACUAGGAUUCUCAAUGCAAGAAUCCAGUACCUUGCACGUAGAAGUAGCAACCCAUCCCUUGCCUAUUUUCAUCUUGCUGUUUUCUUUUUUUUAAAAAAAUGGAUGUGACUUGUUUUGAAUGUUUUGUAUUAUACUUGUUUUCGUGUGUGCAUAAAUUCAUUCUGUAGGACCUUAAGAAAAAGAGUCCCAGAAUGUUGCUUCUAUUAUUGUGCACAACCAUUGAGAGGUGUUACAAGAAUGCAGUUAAUUUUAACAUGUGUGAUGUGCCAUGGUGGAAAAGUACUAUCGGAAUAACUCUGCGGUGACAGAAUUUGAAGUUUGGCUAGCAUCCAUACUUUUCUACUGUAAAUAUUUCACUCUCCUCUAGCUAUCCUUGAUGAGCUUCUCGCUUUAAGAAUAAAUGUGUUUGAUAUAA